AUGGGGCAAUGUGUGUCCCGGGAUCAACCGGGAUCAUACGCCUUCGCGCGGCAUUACGAUGCGGAGAGCUAUGCCAGUAGUGUAAGCGGAAGUACAAGGAAAGGUCACUCUGAGUCGAAGGGGGCAAAGAAACGUGAGAAAAGUACGAGUGGGAACGGCAACAAACCAACCCGCGGCGUCGCCACAUCUUUUGGUUUCCGACGAAGACCAGCAAGCAGUUCCCGAGCUGAUGAUAACGCGAGAAGGAAACAAAAACCUCAAGACAAAAAUGGAAAUGGCGGCUCGACUGAAGAUCUUAGAGCGGAGGAAGUAUUAUCGGGUCGAUCGACUCCACUCGCCCGACCGAGAAAGGAAACAUGCGGCCAACCUCUCCGUUCAAAUAGGUUCGGUUUCAGACAGCCAAACAGUAAAACAGCGAAGGUUAGUGACGUGAGCCUUGUCGCUGAGCACGCCUUCGCUCCGCCCAAAGACAAGGAGACGAUCAAUAACAAUGCUAUAGAAAAACGAAACCCAAACACCCACAACCUGCCGUUAAUAGCGACCCAAGUAUCUUCGACUGGCGUCACUAACAUCGUCAGUUCCACCGGAGUUCCAAAACCUGUCACAAAACAAACUGUCAUAUUGACGUACCAGCCGCAGCAAUUGUCCAUGCAAGAUGGUCGUAAGCCACGUUCAGAGCAGUCCCACGUUCGUGGUACGUCUGUUCCUCGCUCGGUGUCUGAAGCGAAGCCGCCAGGAAAAUACACCUUCCAGACGAAUCAGCUGCCUCGACCUCAGUACCCAGCCGUAAAGAACAUUGAUGCUAAAACUACUAAACAGGUUGUCAACAACACAAGAAAGGCCGGUGCUGUCGAUGGAUGGAGAGAAGGCACAGGAUCUGCGGUAUCCUGUGAUUCUGGAGUAUGGACGGGUGGUGAGGCGGAGCUAUCACCACGCUCUCGACGACGACCCCGAAACCUGGAGAUGGUGAUGAGAGGAACCCAUAACUUCCACCUCAGAGAAUUGCAAGUUGCUGAUCUUGAUAUCAUGGACGACGCUGUAGUAACUGGUCACGCGGUCAUUCCACUCCCAAAAUUACCAAGUUCAUUUAACGAAGAGUCAUCACCAGAGUAUGAAAUGCAAGAGCCUACAUUUGCUCCAACAUCGCCUAUAACAACAAAACCCGCAUUUAUCGAACCAGUGCAAAGAGAUGACUCACCUAUGUCCACUCUAGAUCGAUACAGGAAUAAAAGUAGGCCUAGCAGAAUCCAAACAAACAUCGAAUUCAAAGAUGAAGAGAAAUUUGUCCUAGACAGAGCACAGCCUGAAAUACUUAACAAACAGAAAUCCUUUAUAAAGUCAUCAAGUGGAAUAACAUCACCAACUGCAGUUGAUUCAAGCAAAGAGUCGAGUCCGUCUUGUAAGAGCGAAGCAAGUCAUUUCGGUAAUAGUAGUGCUUGGCAAAGUCAUGCUGCAGGAGAGGCAAUGGCAACGAGAUCACAAGACGAUGUUUCGUUAGCACUCAGUGUAUCAAGCUGCGAAGAUGACAAAUCCAAAGUGGAAACAAAGGAAACAGUUCCUGAAUCCGAAGUGCCCAUUAAAACGAUAGUAAUCGCUGAUGAGCCUCCCGUUCCACAUCCAUUACUGAUGAAAUCACUAACCCUGAGUCAACAUGACGCUCUCCGUGGAACUAUGAUGGGUUCUAUGACAGGAUCAAAUUAUAGCACGACAAGCACAUGCACAAACCAGAGUACUGAUCAACAUACUCUAACCCUUACAUUGGAGGAGUCUAAAUUCGAUUUGUCAGCUUUAGAAACAUCAACCCAAAGUCUUCUUGAUGAUGAAACAUCACCAGCUGAUAGUUUGAUAUCAUCAACGAGUACUAGUGACUCGAAUAAUGACUUACACGUUGAAAGGGACGCUCCAUCCAUAUCAAGUGCAUAUCAAACUGCUAACACCAAAACUAGGUCUCCUGAACCCAUAAUAGAGGAGGAUGAUAGAGUGGACGGUGAAGCCUUGCUGCCUGUGAAAGAGGGAAGUAACGGAAGCGGCGACACCAGCAGUAAGGAUACUCCUCCAUCCCCCGGAACACCCACGCAUGCUUCAGGAUCGCUCUCACUUUCUGACGGAAGAGACUUUUUUGAUGAUGAAAUAGCCGAUCAACCAGCGCUACUCUUUAGAAAAAACAACCAAGGAAGUCCAUCUGUCAAGCGAGCAGACUCAGACAAACAAAGGCGAACCAGAGAAAAAAUUACCUCAAGUCCUCAAGCUCAGCGGAGUCGAAAAAUGGGUGGUAGUCGUCAUCCUACCGAGCGUACUCCAUCCCUGGACACGCUCUCCAGCCUCGCAUCUGAUGACCUCAUGAUGGACAAUGAUUUAGCCAGGUCCAUCACCAGCCUACAGAGCGUUGAUGAUUACAUUGAGAGACUGGAUAGUUCACUUCGUAGUGGAUUAAAUUCGUUGGAUGAGAGACAACUUCACCAAGAGCUAGCAUCGUCUAAGGCGGCUGUACGACAAUGGAGUCAAUUGUUGGAGAAAAAUAACCUUCUCGAUCGACAACUCGCUGCCAUGGCUCAAGGGAAGACUGACUCCAUGACUGGAAGUACCAAUAGUCUUAGCAAUAUUGGGUGUAAUCUGCCAGACAGUUUCUUUAGAGACAUCACUCGUAUAGCGGUACCGCCGCUGUACGAGGUUCUAUACAACUGGGCCAGUCUUCCAGUGCGCACAGCACGUUUGCUGCAACGUUCACGUACUCAAACACCAUCAGAUGCCGGUAUUUCAGACGGGAGCACAUCCCCUGCACCAGCGCCCUCAUCAUUACUUCAAGAUGUCGUCGACAUCAAAACCCUUCUGUUGCAACUCAAGAGGGUAUUACAAGAGCCAGGGGAGGAGCAUCAUUCGAUGAGUAGCGAAACUCUCGACCCGUUGCUAGCGGCGUGCGCGGAGAGUCCCGCGCGCGGCAACGGGCGCCGCCUCCCCGCCUCGCCGCUGCACCCUGACGCUUGUGCUGAGAUGAGACGCCAAAUAGUCUACUUACAGGGUCAGUUGGAGGAGAGAGAUCGGUUGGUGCGUGUGUUGCAACAACAGAUGCUGCGUAUGGCUGAGAACCAUGAGCCGAGAGUUGAUGACACCUGCAACGUCGCCACACAGACCGAUCGAUUGCGGCCACCUAUCGGCAGCUCGCUAGCGAGUUCUGAAAAUUCCGGUUUAGUGAGUUGGAAUGAACAAGCUAGUGGAAGGAAGCUGCCGUAUAGUGAAGCACAAAAGACAAAAAGGCCUGUUAAUAAUGGGACCGUGAAAUGUCAGUGCGGUGCGAGGAAAGUGAACGGACAAUUAGACGAAAACAGACAGACGGACAAAAUUACUGACAAGCGGGACUCUGUUCUGCUGAAACCUAACAGUCGGGUUGGAUCUAAAUACCUUCAAGCAUUAAACAACACAGACAAUAGAAGAUAUAUCAAACGAGAUUCAUCUCUCAACGAUAGAUAUGAACGACGAAGCCUGUACUCCUCACGUUCCAAAUCGAUAGAGAAUUUCCACAACCAGCAUUAUCUAUCCACAGAGCCUUUACUUUCCAAAACAGCGGUUAUCGAGGAGACCUCCAUAAAACAUCACACUUCCUAUGGAGAUCUUUACAAUGGAAGGAUCAGUAGCAAGGAGAGUGUAAACGGGAAUAGACACAGUCCAAGUCUCGGUCAGUCCACAGACACGGAUUAUAGUUCAGAUGGAGGAUACAAGUCUUUGCCAUCUUCUAUUAACUACAGUACGUCACCCAAAAAAGUAAGCGGAAUACCGCGGAGGUCUUACGAACAAAAAUUUAAUUCACCGAAACAAAUCAGGGCGAGCGCCAUUUAA